AUGAGUCUUGAAUACGAAAAAAAACCUGAGGCAUACUACGAAGAAGUAGUGGUCUCUUCCCCAGACAAAAAGUUCUCUAGUGAAGAAGAACAACAAAUCGUUGAAUCUUUUGAUCAAAAGAGAAUCGAUAGGCUUCGCCUCAAAAUUGAUUUCAAUCUUAUCCCAGCUUGUGCAAUGCUCUAUCUUCUCUGUUUCCUCGAUCGUGGCAAUAUUGGUAAUGCUAAAAUUGCAGGCAUGACUACUGACCUCAAUAUGUCUUCCCAUGACUACUCCAUCGUCCUUGUCGUCUUCUUUGCUACCUACUGUACUGUCGAAGCUCCCUGCAAUAUGCUUCUCAAGAAAAUGUCUCCUAAAAUCUUCCUCCCUCUUAUUUGCUUCCUCUGGGGUAUUUGUGUCAUGUGCAUGGGCUUUGCUAAAAAUACUCACCAUCUUGUUGCUCUCCGCAUUCUCCUUGGUCUUUUCGAAGCUGGUCUCAUGCCUGGAUGCGCUUAUUACCUUUCCAACUGGUACCGCAGUACGGAACUUUCCUACCGCAUUGCUCUCUUCUUCUCUUCAGCAACAAUUGCUGGCGCCUUUUCCGGUAUCCUUGCUUGGGCUAUCAUGAAAAUGGAUGGCGUUGGUGGACUGGCUGGCUGGUCCUGGAUCUUCAUCCUUGAAGGUAUCGCCACUAUUGUUGUUGGUUGUGCUUGCUACUUUAUCAUUUAUAAUGGUCCUCAACACGCUCGAUUCCUUAAGCCUGAUGAAGUUGUUUUUUGGGAAUGGUACCUUAGACAAGAUGUUGGUAAGGGCAAUGACAAGAUUGAUAAUGAACGUUUGGGCUGGAAGCACAUUAAAGAUGGUGUUUUCCACUGGCGUGUUUGGUACAUGGUUAUCCUCUCACUCGGCUGCACAGUCCCCAUCUACUCCUUCUCUUACUUCCUCCCCACUAUCAUUAACACUCUUGGCUGGACUGCUUCCAAGGCUCAGCUCAUGUCUGCUCCUCCCUACAUUUGGGCCUGUCUCUGUACAAUUGCUGUUUCUUACAUUUCUGAUAAGUACAAGUCUCGCUUCAUUUUCGUCAUUGCACCCAUGAUUCUUUUCGCUAUCCCAGGAUUCAGCAUUGCUCUUGGUCAAAGCCGCUCAGGUGUCACUUAUGCUGGUGUUUUCCUCGCCACUGCAGGUCAGUACGCUCCUUGGCCCUCUAUUGUUUCUUGGAACGCAAACAACUACCCCAAUGCUCAUACCCGUGGUAUCGCCAUGGGUAUCCAGAUUGGCUUUGCCUCUGCUGGUGGCAUCAUCGCGUCCUUCAUCUAUAGAGCCCAAGAUAAACCCCGUUACAAACUUGGCCACAGUGUUGUCCUUGGUGUCACCGUCAUUUCAUCUGUUAUGGCACUUGCACUAGCUCUUUAUUACCAGUUGGCCAACAAGAAGAAGGAAAAGUACUGUGAGGAACAUCCUGAAGUUUACGAUGAAGAUCCACAUGUCCUGGCCCAAAUGGAGACUAAGAAUCCUCUCUUUAGAUACCAGAUGUAA